CGGUAAGCUGUUCUUUUGAGUUAUUUUUGAGGGUACAUUAAUUUCCGGAAUCAUUAGGUACUAAAAUAAACGUUGGCGUAAGACAAUAUACGCAUUCUGUGACUGGUGUUCUGUACCUACUACAGUUUGUGGAUCUGUGAUGUAUAUAUAUAAUUGAGGUUAAUGUUUUCCUCGGACAAAAAUCAAAAAAUAAGCUGAUAAUGGCAACGUUAAUCAAGGACGUAAAGUUGAGCGACGAUAUUAUCAAAAAAGUUCUAUUUGAAAGGCAUAUAGAUUUCAUCAACGCAUACGGGCAGGAUGAGGACGACUUUGAAUAUGGUAUGACAGACUAUUUGCGCGUAUCGGGCAUGUAUUGGGGCCUUACCGCUUUGGAGUUAAUGAACGCUUCCCCGGUGCAAGGUAAAGACGAAAUAGUCAAAUAUGUUAAGGCUUGUCAGGAUCCAGACUCGGGGGGGAUAAGCGCAUGUAUAAAUCAUGAUCCUCACAUUCUCCACACUUUGAGCGCUGUCCAAAUAUUGUGCACAUACGACAGGUUAGACGCUAUCGACGUUGAAGGUGUAGUCAAGUAUAUUUCGAGCCUCCAGCAACCAGAUGGAAGCUUUUCUGGAGACAAGUGGGGUGAAAUUGAUACAAGGUUUUCAUGUUGUGCAAUCAUGACUCUAUCAUUAGUGAACCGACUUGAUGCAGUUGACGUGGAAACAGCAGUGGAAUUUGUGGCUAGUUGUAAAAAUUUUGAUGGAGGCUUUGGAUCCCGACCUUUAUCAGAGAGCCAUGCAGGGUUGAUAUAUUGCUGUAUUGGAUUCUUGUCAAUCACGAAUAGGUUAGAUUUAGUAGAUCGAGAUACCUUGGCUUGGUGGCUUUGUGAAAGACAGUUGCCAUCAGGAGGAUUAAAUGGAAGACCAGAGAAAUUGCCAGAUGUAUGUUAUUCCUGGUGGGUGCUCUCUUCUUUGUCCAUUCUAGGUCGCCUAGAAUGGGUUGAUAAGGAAGCUCUAAAAAGCUUUAUUUUUGCUUGUCAGGAUACAGAUACAGGUGGAUUUGCUGAUAGGCCAGGGGAUGUGGCAGAUCCUUUUCACACAUGCUUUGGCUUAGCAGCCCUUUCACUUCUGGGUCACGAAAGUAUAGGUAAAGUAAACCCUACAUAUUGUAUGCCACAAACAGUUAUAGAUAGAUUACACCUUAAGCCACAAAUACUAUCUGACUAAAUUUUUGUGUAUUAUAUAUUAAGGGUUGCUGUAAGUUUCAUGCCACUUAUUUGUCCAUAUGUUAUUCUUAUAAUA